AUGUCCUCUCGUGUGGCUAGACUAUGGCAACCUGGAAAUCCUCAAUCCAGAUGUUUUCUGCCUGAUUUCUGGAUGAGGUUUAAUGAAACUCCAACUGUAGGUCACUUCAAAUUACCGGAAAAUGCAGCCGAAUUUGAAGUUGAUCCGAAAAUGACAAAAUACGACGUUAAACAGUAUCUGGAGAAGAUAUAUAAUCUUCCUGUGCGAGAAGUCAAGACAAGGGUAAGUGAUUUUCUGUUUUACUUCUAAUUAUAGAGUACCUGCUUUGGUUUUAAGGAUUUUGCUCAUACUUUCUAUACUUAAGUAGUUUUUUAUAAUUUUUUUGAAUUCUUUAGAAUGUAAUGGGUAGAAUUACCUAUGACAACAAAGCUACCUUCCGAUACCGACGAGCACUAUUCAAAGAGCCUGAUUUGAAGUUUGCUACAGUUUUCUUUGUAAGAGCCUUUAUUUCUUUUUAUAUUUUAUUAGGUUGUCCGGAAAGUUCUGCAAUAUUUAUUCACUUUUGAACUAACAAUAAUAACAAUAUAAUUAACAACUACAAUCAAUCAAAAUAAUUACCGUCUGAAUCAAUACAGCCUUGCCAACGAUUUACAAGCUUUUUUAUUCCACGAUUGUAGAAUUCCGGGUUUCUGGAGUUGAUGAAGUUCUUGAAGGCAUUCUUGGCAUCGUCUGGAGUUUUGAAGAUUCUUCCAUUAAGAAACGAAGACAAGUGUUUAAAAAGGUGAAAGUCCGUUGGAGCCAAGUCUGGAGAAUAAGGAGGGUGCUCCAAGACUUCGUAUCCCAGUUCCCUGAAUUUUGCCACGGUCUUCUUUGCAGCAUGGCGCCGUGCGUUAUCCUGCAGAAUGAUCGGACCCCUCCUUCUGAGCAUUGUUGGAAGAUUGUGUCGCAGUUUGUCAAUCUGGGCACAGUAGGUGUCGGCCGUAAUACUUUGGCCAGGUUUCAUGAAAUCGUACUGGAUCACUCCAGAGCUACACCACCAGACAGUCACCAUAAGCUUCUUUUCGUGCAAUUCUGGCUUCGGAACGUGCUUAGGAGCUUCUCCACGCUUACACCAACUUGUAGAUCUUCUAGUAUUGUUAGACGAGAUCCACUUCUCGUCAAUAGUUACAAUUCGAUCCAAGAAUUCUUCGUUUUUGCAGCGUUGCAGAAGCUUUUCGGAAGCACAUCGUCUUUUGGCUUUUUGCAGAUCAGUCAAAUUGUGAGGCACCCAUUUGUCCAACUUUUUGACCCAUUGCCUUCAAAUGAUCACCAAUGGUACUUUUUCCACAGUUUAGUAACUCUUCUAACUCCCGCAUUGCAAUAUGUGGGUCAUCUUCAAUCUUGCGCCUCAGGGCAUCUUUGUCAAGUUUGCUGGGUCUUCCUGCACGUGGUUUGUCUUCAAGCUUCUCAUCGUCCACACGAAACUUUGCGAACCUUCUGGUCACCGUAGAAUAACUCACAACAUUCUUACCCUCAUUUUCGUUUAUGAUUCUGAAGGUUUCUGCCGCAGUAUUUCCGCGUUUGAAUUCAUUCCAUAUAAUCACGCGCAGGCGAGAUUUCUCCAUUUUUUCUAAUGCCUAAAACAAUACAAAAAAAUUAAAUUAAGUUAUGUAACUUACCUUUUUGAAUAAUUUAGGUAACAAACAAAAAAAGAAUUUUUUCUUUCCGUCAAGAAAUAAAUUUUUCCUGAUUUUUCAAAGUUUACCUACUCAAAUAUUGCAGAACUUUCCGGACAACCUAAUAGCAAAUUGUUUUACAUAAAAGCCAUAACACAAGCUGUAUUAAAAUGACGUAUUUUAGAAGAAAGGAACAGUUAUUGAGCACCAAGUAUUCGUAGAUCCCAAGAAUUUGAUCAACCUCAAGGACCAAGUUGAGACCAUGAAAAAUCAGACCGAAUCCCAAACACACAAUGAGAAAUACGCAAACAGGGACAGACUUGGAGUUGGAAGGUUGUUGGACUAG